AUGAGCUACGUCGUUCGCCGAGGUCUCUCGACCUUGAUCCCCCCCAAGAUCGCUUCCCCCAACGCCAUCGGCGCCGCUCAGGAUGCCGCUCGCAUGCAGCGUGUUGUGAACUUCUACGCCGGCCUGCCCCGGGGCCCUGCUCCUGAGGUCAAGGCUACCGGUCUGAUCGGUCGCUACCAGGCCCGCUACUUUGGCAAGAACCCGUCUGGCGUUCCCAUCGUGCACGCCAUCGGUGCGAUCUUGAUCCUGGGCUACAGCAUGGAAUACUACUUCCACCUGCCCACGCUCAGCUUCAACCCCGUCAACUCGGCUCGGAAGGCCAUCUCCUCUCUAUCAUCGAAACCCCCCGACUCUCCCAUCCUCCCUCUCACCUCAUCCUCCCUCGCUGGGAUUUCUUGGGUUGCGCUGCUGCUCCGCGCCUCUUGA